GUGGACUUUAAAAAGAAGGCAGGGUAAAAGUAGACAGACGAGUAGUUUCUAGUGUUUGUGCAUUUAGACUGAGUCUGAAAUUAGUAUCCUUGAGAGCAGGAGGAAUUAGACUUGAAGAGACACAGCCAUCAAACACACACUCAUCAUGCUGAUUCUCCUGGCUGGCAUCUUCGCCCUUCACAUCAUAGGCGUCAUCCUCCUCCUGGUGGCCACCAUUGACAAUGCCUGGUGGGUGGGUAACAACCUUUCCACUGAUGUGUGGGGCCGGUGGACAGAGCAAGGCGGAGUGUGGAACCUCACUGAUCUUCCCCAAGGCUCAAAUUACCCACAGGAUUACCUCCAGGCAGUGCAGGCCAGCUCAGUGCUAGCUUGUAUAUUCUCCAUCCUGGGCAUCUUUGUGUUUGUGGCUCAGCUCUUCACCCUCAGCAAAGGACAGAGGUUCACCGUCUCUGGCAUCUUUCAGCUGUUAGCCAGCCUGUGCAUCAUGAUCGCAGCCUCCAUCUACACAGAUCGCUUCCACAUCGAUGAGGGUACUUUGGGCUGGUACGGUCACUGCUACAUCCUGGCGUGGAUCAGCUUUGGCCUCACGUUCAUCUCCUCCAUCAUUUACUUUGUGCUACGCAAGAAGACUGCAUGAGAAGGACACUAGAGCAUUGGCUGGAUAUACUCUUUCAGCUAGUCCCAGAUAGGAUAGGUUUCGGACAUCAGAUUUGAGCUGCUAGUGUAUAUUCAGGUCAAGAUAUAGCAGACCUGUUGAUCCUCUCAAAUACAUAUUAGUGUUUAAUUUAGUCUGCUGUCAGAUAGUCAGGGUUUCACACUUUGUGGAGUGUUUUGGAUAUUUUUGCAGUAAAAGGCAAGCUCAAUCAAUCACAGUUGUAUUUGAGUGUAUUUUCAACCCAGAGUUUGGGCUGGAUUUCUUGAGGGCAUCUAAUGCAUAGAAGAUGCUAUGAUAAAUUAAGAUCGAUCAUUAUUUCUGGCUUAUAACAAAGGUUGAAAGUAAAAUCUGUGGUCUUUUUUUUGUAAUGUACAUUUAUAUAUGGAUAUGAGUGUUGGAUAAAAAGGGGCGAGUUUAUUAUUUUAGUUGAUAGUUUUUGUGUUAUUUUAUUGUUAGUUCAUCAACUUUUGUUUCAUAUAUAAAUACAUGCUCUGGUUUUACUUUGUAGAAUGUGCCACUCACCAAACAGAGAGUGUAACUACAAUGUAAUGGCAUUGAUUUUCAAAGUACUGGGUAAAGCUGUGCCGUUUUGAAGUCUUAAAAUGCAUUGAAAUGUCACCUGUUGUAGAUGUGUGUGUGAACUAAUGAUAAGACUAUGCAAUGAUAUAAUCAAAUAAUAUCAAUAAUAUAAUGCAGUUGAGUUUUUUUGUAAUUAUUUGUGAUUAGGGAAGACAACAAACCGGUUUAUGUGUAGGAAUGCAAUGCCAUAUCAUAUAUGUAUUCAACACUGUAAUCGCUGUCAGCUUCCUUAGAAAUUCUUACACUACAUUAUUUUAUUGACAGCUCUAAAAAAAAAAAGAAAAAAAAAAAGGGCAGAGUAAUGAAGCCCAAAUUAGUGCGACUUGAAAUUCAUUUCUGUUUGGUUCAUUUUAAAUGCAGCAAACAGAACAAAAUUUCAGAGAUUUUGAUUUACACUCAUCCAAUAUAAAUGAAACUUUAGAUAUAUUUACUAAUCAAAUAUCUUGUCUGAACUAUGUACCAGUAAUAAAGCACAUCUUCACAACCUGUCAUAUACUUUCCGUCUUUGUCAGAUCAGCUCUGUUUCCACCUGGUGUAACAAAAAGGCAACCGCCUUGAUAUGUAUGUGUAAAUAUGUUUUGUUUCCCAUAUUGCUUUGUAUGUCCAAUGCUGUUUUAUUUUUGCUACCAUUAUUUCUCAUUAAGGAUGACAAUUAAUUUUUCAAUAUUAAAACUUGAUUUUCAACUUAA